CUGAGAGUCCAGCCUCUUUCUCCCCAGGAUUGAUGCCUCUGGUGGCUUUUUGGUUAGCGGGACACGACGGGACAGCAGGACGCCAGCCUAUGGGAAUACUCAACAUCUCACCAUAGGAGAGAAACUACACAAUAAUCAGAAAUUAAGGGAUUUACUGUACUAACACCACCAGCACCUCCAAAGAAGCCACUUUUCUCUGCUCUCCUCCACGGGCGUAGCCUUUACCCCAGAUUUUUUUAAGGCAACCAUGUCCAGAAGAAAGGUGAGAGGCCUGACCCGUACGGGCCGCCAGGUCAGCGAGGACCCAGACCUGGACAACCUGCUGUCCACCCUGUCCCCUGAGGAGGUGGAAGAGCUGGAGAAGGACAUGAUGAAAGUGCCAGACAUCAAGCCAGAGGAUGGGAAGAUUAUCGACCAGGGGGAGAGCCAAGCUGGCCAGCCACCUUCCAGCAACAACGUCCGGGAAGCCAAACUGGACAGCAGGCGGGAGAGCGACCGCAAAGGGAGGCUCAGUGAAAGGGAACAGUCAUUUGAGGGUGAGACAAAGAAGGAGAGCCGGAAGCAGGAAUAUCUGAGGAAGAUGGGGCUGAGCCAGGAGGGGAACGACGAUGUGACAGUAGGGCUACGAAGACAAUCGAGUGUUUCUGAAAGAGACACAAAGGUGGAAGACAGAAACAGCAAAGGUCCUGAAAGUUCAAAGGAGGAGCGAAGUCGGCUUUCGAGUAGAUACAGGAAGCAGGAAAGUGGAGAGAGUGACGUGAAAGAGGAGACCAAAGAGAAACUUGAGGACACUAAGAUAAGAGACAGAAGAGAAAACAGAGAGAGCACAGGUAGCAAAACAAAGGAUAUGAUCUCUAAGUUACAGGAAAAAAAGGAUGACAGCAAAGACAGGAAAGAAGACUGCAGGAGAAGAGAUGAGAGCAAAACCAAAGACAUUAUCUCAAAGCUACGAGAAAAACAAGAAAAGGAUGUGGGGAAAGAAAAGGAGAGAAAAUCUGAGGGGUUCAGGACACAAGGACUUGUCUCUAAAAUGUUGGAGAAGCAGAGCAAGGUGCAAGAAAGCUCGGCUCCGGAGAGUAAAUCAGAAGAGAAGAAGCCUAAAGCAGAGGAGAAAAAAGCAGAAGAUAAAAACAAGCCUGAUGUUAAACUUGAGCGACAACCAUCAGAGAGGGGUGAGGUCCAGGUCAAACAUGACAAGGCAGAGAAAAGAACAGACAGAGAGGAGCUGGUAAACCACAGUGACCAUGUGAAAGAGAAGGAGAAGAAGACUAGCACGGACAAGAAAGUCGAGGAGAAAGAGGAUGGUAAAGGAAAAGUUAAAAAAGCUGAGGAAACUGAGAAACUUGGCAACUGUGUAGCUAAAAACACGCCAAACAGCAAAGCAAAAGAAGAAGAGGAGGAGGAUGAAGACUCAAGCAUGUUUGAUGAGCUGAUGGAGCAGGUUCGAAGCAACGACCCCUCCCUCACUGAGCUCAAUGUCAACAACUCAGAGGUCAUCAAGACGAAAACACUCAUUGAGUUUGCAGAGGCUUUGCACAAAAACACCAACGUUAAGAAGGUUGCUUUGGCUAACUGUCGUGCAGACGACCACGUGGCUUACGCCUUUGCAGGAACGCUACGCAACAACAAGACUAUCACCAGCUUAAACGUGGACUCCAACCAUCUCACCGGAAAGGGCAUCCUGUCUCUGAUCCAAUCGCUGCCACACAACUCCACACUGACUGAGCUUCGCUUUCAAAACCAGCGUCACAUCUGUGGCGGGAAGACCGAGAUGGAGAUGACCAAGAUCCUGAAGGAAAACACCACCUUGCUCAAACUGGGCUACCACUUUGAGUUAGCUGGACCCAGAAUGACUACGACAAACAUACUGAGUCGCAACAUGGACCGACAGCGGCAAAAGCGCCUGCAGGAGCAGAAGCAGGCCCAGGCCAACGGGGAGAAGAAGGGGACACUGGAGGUACCCAAGACAGGUGGUGGAGGAUCUCUGAGAAACUCACCCAGAGCUUCCCCCAAACCUUCUCCCAUACCAUCACCUAUGCCGUCACCAAAGCUGACACCUAAAAGAGGAGCUGGAGGUCUGGCGCCACCACCACCUCCACCUCCCCCUGGGGGUGGACCCCCUCCUCCUCCGCCUCCCAUGCUGGAUGUAGAUGCCCUGAGGAACUCUCUGACCCCGGUGUCGCAGAGGAAGCUGGAUGGAAAAGGCCCAGGCGGGAGUAAGAACUCAAGGGACCAACUGCUCGCCUCGAUCAGAGGAAGCGAUAAGAAACAACUCAAGAAGGUGCCGGUGCCAAAGUGGUUGCAGUAAUACUUUCUUUUUGAAUAGAAAAAAAGAAAAAGAAGAGAGACAUUUCACCACAGGUUUUCAAGGAGAUAAACUGUACAAUGCCCGCAUGCAGUCAAAGAACUGCGGGGCUGUGGGACGGAUAGAGAAAGCGAAACAUGAGAUGCCCAUCAGUUGGAUGACUAGCCCUCACUAUGAGUUCUCCCCUCAAACACUGGACCAAAAGGACUCUGUGGAGAAUGAGUGAUGCAGGGCUCUCUAUUGGCCGACUGCAGAGAGUGCCAUGAGUUUUGUGGUUGUUUGUCUUCAGUACAUAUUGACGCUUUGCUGGUUAUUUGCACUAGAUAAUAUGAAGCCGAUCAUAUAACAUGUUGGCUUGUGUAUGCAUCUGAAUGUGAGCAUUGUGGGAGUGUGUGAUGAGCUUAUUAAUAAGAGAUUCAAAUAACUUUAUAAAAUUCUAAUAUACAAAAAGUUUAUCGGUGAUAUAGUGGACAUUGAUUUGACCAUUUAUUAUUUUUUUGUGGAGAGGGAAUCCACCGUAUACUUGUAAGUUGUAAAUCUGUUCAAACUGGGAAUUCUGAAAUGGCGGAAAUAUCAGGGAAUUAACAAACAUGGCGGCCUGACUUAAGAAAAUCUGGGUAAGAAACAAAAAGGUCACGGUGGUCUUUGAUUGUGUGUCUCUUUGCCAAAUCUCAAGACAUCUCAGGCAGGGAUUAAUGGAUUGGAAAGCAGCCCAGUGGAAUCCUGGUGCAUGACGAAAGAGUUUGAGCAUGGAAAUAAUUACAUAAUGCAUUUUUAUCAGGAAGUGCAAAUGGCUGUCCUUCAGUAUCUGAUGUUAUAUUUUGUACAGAAUCAUUCUAGCCAGGGUGUUUGAAUACCUUACAUAACUUGUAAUGUAAUACAUCCACAUGUCUUAACCUUAGCCAUUACUGGUUUAUAUCAACACUCCUGUUGAUUUAUGCCAUACUUUUAAGUGAAUGUCAUUUAAAAAAAGGUUAAAGGUGGAGUCUGCGAUUCUGGGGAAAGAUUGUUGCUAUUUGAACACCCAAACAAAUACACACACCCCGUCAGUGCUCCUAGCAUGUGCCAGAUUUACCCUCUCGCUCGCACUGCCUUUCUCUUUAUGCAUCCAUGACCUUUUCCCUGUCCUGUGCACGAACACAAAAUAGUGUUAGCAAAAAGUGUAUUGGAUAGGAAUCGCAGACUGCACCUUUAAAUGUGUUUUAAAAAAAUGUAAGAGGCACUCAUAUGUGCAAUGUGUAAUGAAGGAUUCUCUGUCAUAUCUGAUUACACAUGCCUUUCUUACAGAGCCUGUAUGUCUUCAAUAAAAGAUUCUGGUAUGUUUGCAAUGAUAAAUCACAAGUUAUGCCUGGCUGAUGUCAUUAACAUGUUCAGAAUACACAGAAUUAAAUUAAAUACAAAUAA